AUGGGCUGGAUAAAGAUAUCUCUGAAAAGGUGUGUGAAACUGCAACUCGCUCCUGGCCUUCCGGAAAAAGCACAGACAAACUGCAAGCUUGUUGGCGGAACGUUGUUGAACCUGAUAAUUGACAAACAACUCAGUCAAGAAACCGUGGAUGACCUCGUAUACUUAUUACAAGAUGUGUAUAAUGGUGGCUAUCGAGAAGAGGCCUGGCUGGUGAGCAGCAGUGAGCAGCCAACUGUCAGUAUGGACAAUACUGCUUCCAGAUAUGCAUUACUGCGCAGACUACCUAAUAGGACAUAUCAUGUAGAACAUAACUAUUCUGUACAAACAGCGUAUCCGUUUAUUUGCACUUUAGAUGUAUUCAGUCGACGGAAGUUGCUUUUUCAACAAAGUCAAUUGCCAAAAGGCUCACCAAGGAUAGUUGUGCAUCCAGACAACGAAUAUCAUUAUGUAAAAAGAGGAACAAACGUAUACUUGUCGCUGCCCUGUGUUGCCACUGGGAAUCCAUUACCUCAAAUCCGAUGGCUUAAAAGCGGUGUUGAAGAGAUACGGUUAUCUUCGAAUGGAAGUUCAUCGUUGUUAUCUGGUGGCUCAUUACUUUUGCCUCUGGAAGCUGGAACCGAUUCUCUGGAUGUACUGCAAGCAAGCUAUCACUGCACUGCAGAAAACAGUUUAGGAAUUGUACGGAGCACUGUUGCCGUUGUACGAUCAGCAUUCAUAGCUGCCUUUCCUGAUAAACGGCAUGAUGUCUACUCUGUAAAUUAUCCACACACUGGUGCUCGAAUUGUAUGCCAAGCUCCGCCACAUUAUCCUAGUAAGUUUCAAAUUAUUUUCUUUAAAAAGUAA